UAAACAUCACGGACAUGACAAGAUUUCUCGAGAAAAAUGGAGAAAAUAUUCAAUUGCUGGGCCCAGCCAGGAGACCCCAAGAUGAGGGGGCUGUCAGGCGUUGUAACUUCACCUCGACUUCACCUCCUCCAUACAGAUACACACAGAUCACCAUGAUUCUAAGGACGUGUAUGUUGGCCGCACUCCUGAUCUCAGGGGUGUGUGGCCAGGAGACUUCUAAACUUGAUACGCCCACCGUUGUGGAGGGUAUCUCGGUCUCACUGGAAGAAGAACAAGCCCCCAUUGCUGCCCAAGAACGGAUCGACUUCUCUGGCGAAGACGACCAGAUUGCCUUGGAGAGUAACAUUGCCGAGGAUCGAGAUCACUCUGUGGUUGUGGCCCCACCCAAUGAUCAAUACGCCGUUGCAUCUGGGAUUGACACUUUCAGUGCUCCUCAAGGUGGAAACUCCUACAGCGCUCCACAACAGAGUCAAAACUCGUACAACGCCCCUCAACAAGAAGAAGACAGCUACGGUUCCCCUCAGGCACCUGUCGAGGACAGCUACGGGUCACCCCAAGCUCCGGUUGAGGAUGGCUAUGGUUCUCCUCAAGCUCCUCCAGUUGAUGAUGGAUACGGCUCUCCUCAAGCUCCUCCUGUGCAAGAUGCUGCUCCUCAACAACAAAACUAUGGACCCAUCCCGGUGCCUCUCUCGGUCCCAGUCAAGCCUUCGUCUUUGGUGUUGCCUCAACAACCUCAGGGUGGAUAUAGACCCCCUAAGCCUCAAUACAAUCCGAGACCACAACCACCCAAGCGGCCCUCUUACAGGCCUCCUCCCCCAAUUCGACGACCUCCCCCUAAGCGACCCCAAUACAAGCCGCAAAAGCCGCUCUACAAGCCCAGACCCGGACCUCCCAAGCCUCAAUACAAGCCCAGACCCGGUCCUCCCAAGCCCCAAUACCGACCCCAAAAGCCCCAAUACAAGCCCCCGCAAAAGCCGCAAUACAAGCCUCAGCCUAAACCUCAAUAUGGACCACCCAAGCCUCAAUACAAGCCGCAACCCAGCCAGCCCAAGCCUCAAUACAAGCCUGCUCCCGCACCAAUCCAGAGCCAACCCCAGAACUCGUACAGCCAACCUGCUAUCAGCUCAUCCAACUCGUACACAUCUAGCUCGUUGUCCACUUCGUCUUCGCAUUCCUCGCCAUCCCACUCUUCUUCCUCGUCGUCGUCGUCCUCUUCCUCGUCCUCAUCAGGAGACCCAUGGCCUCAAGCUCAACCCGAGAUGCCAAAGAUCACCAGCUUGGAUGUGACUUGCGAGAAAAAUUUGAUGAAGGUCUUUAUCGAGUUCGACAAGCCUUUCUACGGUAUCAUCUUCUCGAAAGGACACUACUCUGACGUCAAUUGCGUUCACUUGCCCGCUGGUCUUGGCCGAACUAAUGCCAAGUUCGAUGUUUCUAUCAACUCUUGUGGAACCACUGGAAACACCGAGAAUGGCCUUUAUGGUUAUGGCGCUGAUUCUGGAUCUGGUACCUUCUUUGAAAAUACCAUUGUUGUUCAGUACGACCCUCAAGUGCAAGAAGUCUGGGAUCAAGCUCGCAAGCUCCGAUGCACGUGGCAUGAUCAGUAUGAGAAGUCUGUCACCUUCAGACCUUUCCCCGUCGAUAUGUUGGACGUCGUUCGAGCCGAUUUUGCUGGCGAUAAUGUUGGCUGCUGGAUGCAGAUUCAAGUUGGAAAGGGCCCAUGGGCUAGCGAGGUGUCUGGCUUGGUGAAGAUUGGACAGACCAUGACCAUGGUCUUGGCCAUCAAGGACGACGAUCAGAAGUUCGACAUGCUGGUUCGCAACUGUAUGGCUCAUGAUGGCAAACGCGCCCCUAUUCAAUUGGUGGACCAGAAGGGAUGUGUCACUCGACCUAAGCUCAUGUCCAAAUUUACCAAAAUCAAGAACUUUGGCGCCUCGGCCUCCGUUUUGUCCUAUGCCCACUUCCAGGCCUUCAAGUUCCCUGACUCGAUGGAGGUUCACUUCCAAUGUACCAUUCAGAUCUGCCGUUACCAAUGUCCUGACCAAUGCGACUCUGGAUCUGGAUCCCAGUCCCAAGGUUCGUACAACGCUCCCAGCGAGUCUCAAAACCAAGACUCCUAUGGUUCUCCUCAGAGUUCACCAGUGAGUGGAAACGAGGACUCUUAUGGCUCUCCGCAAAGCUCUCCCGUAGGCAAUGAGGACUCUUACGGAUCGCCUCAAGGCUCUCCCGUUAAGCAAGAUUCGUAUGGCUCGCCGCAAUCUGCUCCUCAGUCCAGUUAUAGUGGAUCAAAGAGGGCUCGUCGUGAGGCUGAUACCGAAGAGGACCUCGACCUCGAGGAUGUUGGCGUGGAGAAGGUGAUCCAAGUGGUCUCCAGCGGCGACCUCACUUUUGCCAUCAAGGAAUCCGACAAUGAGACUGUCGUCGACGUCUACCCUCCUGUGACCCAAAGUUGGGCAGGAGAGCAAGGUUAUAUUUGCAUGUCUACCCCGGCAUUUGCCGCUACCCUUGUCAUCCUGUUGGCUAUUCUAGUAAUCUCUUGUCUCCUGUCGGCCUUCCUUUGCCUUCGGCACCGGUCUUACUAUGGCGAAACAUCCCUUAUCGCUGCCUUUGCCAACCCUGUCUUUGCUCAUAAGAAGAGUCACUUCUAAGCUCAGUUCAUCAUUCAGUCCCCUUCCAUACACUCCAUUAUUAAUAGCAACGCCAUGUCACUCCCGGCGUUGACCUGCUCACACCCAAAAACACUAUACUCUACUACCAUGGGCAAUUCAUUUCGUAUACUCGCAGCUUAAACCCCUGUUCAGGAAGUCGCACAAUGUCCCACCCUCCCAAAGAGUGGAACUUGAACUUCAUUCGAGCCCGCUCUUGGGUUGUGAGGCCCUCCUCCUUAGCCCUUCAAUCAUUCCGUUUGAAGCCCCCUUUUGACCUCUCCCCUUGCUCGAGAUCCCAUAAUGAAACGAUUGCACAACAAUCGCAGGCCAGACCCAACUGAAAUAGGUGCAGGCCACCAGCAGUAACGAGAACAACAACAACCACAACAACAACACGAUUGAUGAAUGAUGAACUGAGUCUGGUCUAGUGACCCUGUCUUUAUUGAGCUCCACCUCUCAAGGCAAUCAUUUUAAGUGGGACCAGCAAGCUCACAUCUUCUGAUUUGAAGUCCCCGAUCCAGCAGACACGGUCUAUGUUGCAAAAAUUAUCUAACACAAACCACCUUCAAUGCACUCCAAUAGGUAGUAGAUAUUUUUGCACACUCAUUUAGUCGUCAGGUGGAUUCUCUCAGCUCUUGCUUUCUCUUUCUCUUUCUCGGACUUAAUUAUUUCCACUUCUUGCACAUAUGCCUCCAAGCACUAAAACUAAACCAACUAGUAUUCUUGCAAGGACGCCAGUGAAUCUUGUGAGCCGUUCUGUCUCCCAGCCUCGUCAAAAGGGGCGGAGACCGGAUUCAAUCGCGCGCCUAGGUUACAUGGCUGGUUUGUCCAAGUCUUGAAUACUCGAGUACAAGCUAGUCGUUGAACAGACUCCUCUUUUUGGAACACUAACCCUCUUCCUCCAAUCAGACCUUUCUUACAUACUAACGUGAACAAAUUGGCAAGACACGCCUUCUUCUUCAUCUUUGUUUGAAUUAGACAAAAAAUGUUGGUCUUUGUAUGUGCACAAAUGCUAUUUUUUUGUCACGGCUUCUGAGCCUUCUCUGUCCCUCUUACUCACAUGCAAGCCUUUUCCUGUGCUAAAACGAGUUCCUUUCUUUGGGAAGUGGAACAUUGGUGAUUUUAUGAUCUACUAUUACUACCUCUCUCACCUCUUCUUUCCCCUCUAAAGUUGCACCCCGCACACUUUAAUCCUUUCCAUUUGACACAUACCCCCACAUACCUAUGCCCACACAGAUGGCAAAACUGUCUGCUUAUCUCUUAUUACUAUUUCAACCUUGAUUUGUCAAGUGCAAAAAACUUCUGUGAUACUUUAUGAUCCGAAUCAGGGUUUCUAUCACGUGGCUCUCAUCCUUGUUCCCAAUUCAAGGGAUGAGAAUGAAACGUCACGCUUUCUCUUCUUGGAAAACCAAAACUUCCUCUCUUGAAACCCCUUUCUGUGAUAGACUGAUUCGGCAUCAUAAAGCAAAAUUAUUACUUUAUUUGUCUCCGGAAAUCUCUUCGGACACACAAAUGUAGACUAUGAGGCCCCCUUUCGGAUUUUUUUGACUUCUCGUGGAAGGGGGCUUCUUUUGAAGAGGUUGUUAGCAACACUGAUCAAGGCCGGACAACUUUGGCAAUUCAAACUGCAACAACAACAACAACACCGAACACAACAAGACUUUGGGAUACUUCUUCCUACGCCCACUUUGUCAGCUAGCAAAAGUUCCCAUAUGAGUUAACAACCCUGUAGGAUAACUUUGCCGCAAAUCAUGAGAUUCUGCUUGGAAAAACGUGAACACUUUUUCAACGCGCCAUCUUGAUUGGCAAGUUUGCCUUCACUGGGUGCAUUUGGCUGCAAACAAAUCUGAUUUAGAAUUGCAAGAUCGUACAUUCCAGAAAACCAUCCAGUGACAAUUGCCUAAUAGACAGCAUUUCAACAACCGUGCUGCAACCAUAUCCCUUAAACAAUACCAACAACACAACACUUGUUUCAUAUUGAAAACAAAUUUACUACCGCUUCCAUUUGGAAACUAACUUUUCGAGACUCAACACUCGGAUCUGUGAGCGAUUUGUGCCAAAUCUCAUGAGAAUCGUCUGGAUAUUCCAGAAACCACUAAUAGUUUCCAGCAUAGGUCCUAUGUACCAACGCAAACCCUUCUCUCAAUUUCCUUCCAAUCACUGACAACAAUCAUGAUGAUAACAUUUUUCAUAUCAUCAUUAUUAUUACUACUCCUACUUUCAUUACUACAAUUAGCCCUCUUCCUUCACUUUCUUUUCCUCGCCUCUUCCUUAUCUUUUGGUGGCUUGGGGUCAGUAUUUUGUGAAUGCUUCCAAAACACUUAUUGAUCUGAGAAGUGGAUGCUCUUGAAUCGUGAGCGAAGACAACGGCAAAAAUAAACAAAGGCAACCCCUGUUCCAAACCCUCCGCAACCUCUCCCAACCUUCGAUCAAGACCCCGCUGAACCCCCCUUGACCCCGUAAUUUCAAUUUAGUAAUCAAAUACGGUAGAAGUAUCUACUGUGUAGAAUUGAGUGAACCCACGAAUUCACCGGCAAGUACGGAUCAUGUUGACAAUUCUGUAAAUAGAGGUGUAAAAGAGACCAUCCCGGAACGAAACAAUCAUUGCAGCCAACUCGGCGAGUGCAACAAAUACUACCAACAACGACAGCAACAACAGCAACAACAUCAUCAUCAUCUGAUUGUGAGGAAACUUCUAGCUUUGAGCUCGGACAAGUGGCGCCCAAUUCGCGUUUGUGUUCUUGUCUCUUCCGGCCGAUGAAAAGGAUAUGGACCUUCUU